UGCAGGGACCCACUGGGCGCUCGAGAGCUUGGCUUACUCUGCGUUACGCAACAAGGCGAGCCCAUUCUACUUUUUGGAUCCGGCUCAGACAUGGGGAUGAACGGUUCUAAAUCUCGGGGGCAAGUGCAGGUCCUGAUGCUGGGCCUGGACCAAUCCGGGAAGAGCACCUUGCUCUACAAACUCAAGUACAAUAAGAGCGUGGUGACGGUGCCCACCGUGGGCUUCAACGUGGAGACACUGGAGACAGACAGGAGAAGCCCAGGUCUUACCAUUUGGGACGUAGGUGGGCAGAGGAAGAUGAGGCCUCACUGGAAGCAUCACUAUGCUGACACGGCUGGGCUGAUGUUUGUGGUGGACAGCGCGGACCAAGGGAGACUGGAUGAGGCCCGCAAGGAACUGCAUCAGAUGCUGAAGUUCGAGAGCCUAAGAGGAGUUCCUCUGGUCAUUCUGUCCAACAAACAGGAUUUGCAUGGGGCUCUGAGCUCCGAAGCGGUCUGCCAGAGGCUGGACCUCAGGCAAGCAUGUGAGGGGGACAGGCCAUGGUUCAUCCAGCCCUGCUCGGGCAUCACGGGCAUGGGGCUGGAGGAAGGCUUCAGGAGAAUGGUGUACCUGAUAAAGACCCCGUUGAGACCGACACAAGAGGACAUCCAGGUCAAGAUGAAGUUAAAAGGCUUCAGGAUUACGGCCUUGUUAUGCGGCUAAUGGAUGACUUUAUCUCAUGAUUAAUCCAAUCGCAUGUUGAGUUCAAUCAUAUCUCACUGCCUCAUCGAUAUGAGGAAAUUAAAGUGGGCCAUUUGAAGAUAGAAUAUCUCAACACAGCAGGUAAUGCUUGCUGUGAAACCUUACGUGUCAGUCGGGGCUGUUGGGAUACUUGAAAAAAAUGUUGAACAUAUGUUUCAAGAAAGCAUUCCUGAAUGUGUGCGUUGUACUGUGCAAUCAAGUUAAGUUUAUGCUUUGCAGUACUGUAUAUCUAUUUGGAAUGACACUCUCACAAAACAUCAGUGUUUGUACAUAAAAUGCUGAUUGAUUAUUUGAACAGGCUGGCAGUCAGUUCAGGGUGUCCUCCGCCUACUGCCCGAAAACAGCUGGAAUAGGCUCUAGCACGCCCGCGACCCCUGUGAGGAUAAACGGAUUAGAAAAUUGACAGAUGGAUUGAUUAUUUGAACACUAACUUGGCUGCUUUGUUGUAACUCUGUCUGAAACUAAAAUUGCUAUUUAUAUGUAUGCAUUUAUUUUUAUUUCAUUAAAAA